UGUUGGUACCGCGCAUGCGUGUACCUUCCAAUUUCAAAGCUUAAUCGAUAGUGCAAUAUCGUAGUGACAACAGCUCGCAUCACCUUUGACUUAUUGAGAAAAUAGGAUUUUUCUUAUACCAGUCGGUCAGAAAAGUAUUCAAAGUGUCGGUUUCUAGCAGCGUAUUGCCCGGGGCUAUAACAAUGAAGAUGUUAAUGCCUCAUGAUGGUCCAGAUAUCGCACCAAUCGAAUCUUCGGGCGAGUGGCACAGCUCCGUGUUCUGGGCUGUUGUGGUGUGUGCGGCAGGGCUGCUGGCGGCCAUGCUGGCCGCGCUGGCUUGCUGGGUGGCCCGCCGUCGCGCAACCCUCGCACACAAACUAGGUGGUAAACGCGGUCCGGACAAGGCGCUGGUGUUCCAGCCUCCACGGCGUGCGACAGCGGUGCGCUCACCUGGCUCCGCCACCCAUUACUUGCGCAAGUCGCCCUCGCCCACCGCCGCACCCACUCCAGCUACAUCACCACCGCAACCGCAACCGCAACCGCAGCUGCAACCUCAACUGCCGACCACUAAGGAGCUGUCCCCGGGUGGCUUGUCCCCGCAGACCCCGACCGCUCCCGAGCCGCUCCCGCUGAGCAAGGAACUCGCCGACGCCGCUGCUACCGAGAAGGUCAAGCCAACUGAACCAGAAAACAAUGACGGACGACUUGGAGACUUGCAUUUCAAGCUACGGUAUGAGAAGGAGAAGAGUGCAUUGGUGGUGUCUGUGGUAUCUUGCCAAGGACUGCCGGGCCGUGAGCCAGCAGGACCCGACCCCUACGUCAAGCUGCAACUGCUCCCCGACAAACAGCAUAAGGUCAAGACAAGAGUGGUCCGCAAGACUCGCUGCCCGGUAUACGAUGAGGACUUCACGUUCUACGGCCUCGCGCCGCACCAGCUCGCCGCCAUCACGCUGCAUUUUGUCGUCCUCAGCUUUGAUAGAUACUCCCGCGACGAGAUAAUCGGUGAGGUGGUGUCGCCUUUGUCGGGACUGCAACUGCACAGCGGUGAGGCCAUGGCCCUCUGCCGCGAGAUACAGCCGCGCAGCCUCAAGAUGCGCAGCGUGGGUCGUGGCGAGGUGUUGGUGUCUCUGUGCUGGCAGCCGGCCGCCGCGCGCCUCACCGUCGUGCUGCUGAAAGCCCGCAACUUGCCCAAGAUGGACGUCACCGGACUCGCCGACCCAUACGUGAAGAUGUACCUGCUGUACAACGGGCAGCGUAUCGCAAAGAAGAAGACUCACGUGAAGAAGCGCACUCUGAACCCUGUUUUCAACGAGUCGUUCGUGUUCGAGGUGCCCGCAGCUCCCAGCGCCUCGCUCGACCACGUCUCCCUCGAGCUGCUCGUGCUUGACUGGGAUCGCGUCACCAAGAACGAGGUGAUAGGUCGGCUGGAGCUUGGUGCGGCUGGCACGGGCAGCGCGCGCCAUCACUGGCGUGAGGUGCAGGCCGCGCCGCGCCGACAGAUCGCCGACUGGCACAAGCUCAAGGAGUAAACAAAAUCCUUACCCCCAACUCCCCCACAAACACUCCCAAACCCUCAACACCAUCACACAUCCUACUUACACCAUCUACAAAAGCUACCGCUUAAUAACAUCGUUUACGGCUACCAAAACCCAUACAUCCCAGGUGAAAAUUAUUUAACAAACCUUCUAAACAACACAAUCGAACAUGGAUAAGCGAAAGAUCAAGGUAUCGCGAUAUUUUUAUAGCUUAAAGAGGUUUCCCUCUAAACCGAGUUUCUCGCUUGUGGAGGUCGUCAUCAGGACCAGGCAAACUCUGGCUCAUAGAAGUUCUCGUUUAUCGAGUUCUCGCUUAGCAAGGUACGACGGAAUAUAAUAUGUUGUUGUUUUUUUUAUAUUAGCAGUCCCUACGUUGUCGUUGCAAUCGGCUUGGUUGUUUCAAACAAUUCAAUCUUCGAUAUCUUUCUAGCUAUUCAGGUUGGAUAAUAAAUAAGAAAAAUUACCCCUCUGUUUGUCUUUCUAACCCCAGGCAAGUCUAAAUGUGUAUUUAUCUAUCUAUGUUUCAUCUUACUUUUUACCAACAUGAUACAACUCUAUAUACCAUAAUUGCAUCCCUUUUUUGACUUCUGAAUGUGAUCUCAAAGUAAUAGAUAUAGUGUUUAAGCGCUUUCUCGUAUAAUGCUAUUCACGUAAUCCACUAACCUGAUUAUAGGCGCGUUGUUUGCACGGCGUCUACCCGUUGAUAGCACGGCGUAAUUUAUAUUUGUGUGUAAAAGAUAGUUACUCGUUAUUAAGU